AUGAUCAGCAAGGUCUCCGCCCUCUUGCUCGGCCUGGCCGGCUCCGCCGUCGCCACGACGUACAAUAUUGCUGACACCUACAUCGGCUCCCAAUUUUUGUCUCGAUUCACCUGUAAGCGAUUGCUGACCCGACUCACGGUCGCGUCAACUACGUCUCAGGCUACGGCGCUCGCCAACAACCUGACUUACGCAUCUGGUAACACGUUCAUCAUGCGGGCCGACUACACGACUACUCUUACCUCUUCUGGGCCCGGUCGUAACUCGGUUCGCAUCCAGUCCAACAAUACGUACACUUACGCCCUGAUGGUACUCGAUCUGAGCCACAUGCCCGAGGGCUGCGGCACCUGGCCAGCUUUCUGGACUACUGGCGCGACCAAUUGGCCGACUUGCGGAGAAAUCGACAUUAUUGAGGGUGUCAACAAUGAAAUGGUCACUAAUUUUACUUGUCUUAUGGAUAUUUCUGGUGGAACCUCCGCUUCUACGGAUUGUAAUGCCAAUGACAACGGCAACCAGGGUUGCGGAGUACAUUCCAGUUUCAGCAACUCUUUCGGACCCCCCUUCAACGCUAAUGGCGGCGGUGUCUACGCCAUGGAGCGCACGACGACGUCGAUUUCAGUUUGGUUCUGGCCCACUAACUCCGGUCUGGCUCCUUCUGCUGUGUUGUCUGGCGCCUCGUCCUUGGACACCAGCACCUUCGGCGAGCCUGAUGCUCUCUUUGUUAACACUGACUGCGACAUUCCAUCCCACUUCACCGCGCACAACAUCAUCUUUGAUCUCACCUUCUGCGGUGACUGGGCUGGCAAUGCUUAUCCAAGCACUUGCCCCAGCGACUGCAAUGACUAUGUCGACAACAACCCUUUCGCGUUUGAGAAUGCGUAA